CUGGAAGCUGACAAACUGGCGCUGCCGGUGAGCCCCAGCCCGCUCAGCCCCACACGCAGCCCCAGCCCCAAGCCCCCCGAGGCGGCUGUCCUCACCGUGGAGCCCUCUCCUUCAGAGAAGAAAUGCUUCUUUGUCGAUGAAGCGGAGCCUCUCCUGCGGUGCGACUCGACCUCCAGUGGCUCCUCCGCGCUCAGCCGGACAGGCUCUUUUAUUACCAAAGAAAAGAAGGACACCGUCCUGCGCCAGGUGCGCUUGGACCCUUGCGACCUGCAGCCCAUCUUUGACGACAUGCUGCACAUCCUCAACCCUGAGGAGCUCCACGUGAUAGAGGAGAUCCCGCAGGCUGAAGACAAGCUGGACAGGCUAUUUGAGAUCGCUGGAGUCAAGAGCCAGGAAGCCAGCCAGACCCUCCUGGACUCUGUCUAUAGCCACCUUCCUGACUUACUGUAGGCACUGGGUCACCACGCACUCUUUGAAUAUCUGCUAGAGCUAGCUUGGCACUCGUUAAGACGACCGACAAUAUGCAGGCAGGUUUUGUUGUAGAAUAUAUGGCCAGUAUUUUCAUUGAGGUGUCCUUGGUUUCUGGAGGGGGGGCAGUUUGCCAGCGUUGCACCCCUCCACCUUAACUCUAUCGCUCAGUCCAAGUCUUUGCACCCUCUGCCCUCAUCCUGAGCCUCUCUUCUCCUUGUUCUCAUUCCAAUCAGAUCAGUCGAUGCACUUUAAAAAAAAAAA